AUGGCAGACGAAACCCAAAAACAUGAGCCGAAUACACCAGACGAAAUCAUCUCUCCAGCCGUGGGCUACUCAUCCUCAUUCCGGUCCCAAAUCGGACGACGACUAAUCGACAGCUUCAAACGAGACCCCCAAUCAUUUCACAAAAGUCACAACAACGACCAAAACGCGACCGAUCUCGAAAAUGGCUCCGGACACGUCCCAGAGCCACCUCUACAGCGCCGUCUAAAAGCCCGACACGUCCAGAUGAUCGCAAUCGGCGGCUCAAUCGGCACCGGUCUAUUCGUCGGAUCAGGUAGCGUCCUCGCAGCAGGAGGACCGGCUUCCGUACUCAUCGCAUACCUCUUAAUCGGAUGCAUGCUUUACUGCAUGAUGCACGCACUCGGCGAGAUGGCCGUGAUAUUCCCCGUGAGCGGCUCGUUUGCGCACUACGCAACGCGAUUCCUCGAUCCCGCUUGGGGAUUCGCGAUGGGCUGGAUGUAUACAUUUUCCUGGCUGGUCACGUUGCCUCUGGAGAUUGUUGCUGCGUCUAUCACGGUUGAUUAUUGGAAUCCCGGGGUCUCGAAUGCCGCUUGGGCUGCUCUCUUCUGGGCGGCUAUUGUUGGGGUCAAUCUUUUUGAUGUGAGAUGGUAUGGUGAGGCGGAGUUUGUCUUGUCGAUAAUCAAAAUCAUUGCUAUUGUUGGGUUUAUUAUACUGGGGAUUAUCCUCAAUUGUGGAGGUGGCCCUGAGGGCGAAUAUAUCGGCGGGAAAUACUGGCAUGAUCCCGGUGCUUUUAAUGAUGGGUUCAAAGGUCUAUGCAAUGUUUUUGUUACGGCUGCAUUUGCAUUUGCAGGGACUGAGCUCGUCGGCCUGACCGCUGCGGAGACGGAAAAUCCCCACAGAACUCUCCCAACGGCCACCAAACAGGUCUUCUGGAGGAUUUUGAUCUUCUUCGUCGUGUCGCUUAUCGUCGUUGGACUACUAGUCCCAUACACAGACUCAAGACUUGUUACAGGAUCGUCCAGCGCAGACGCCCAUGCAUCACCAUUUGUCAUUGCCAUUGAGGAUGCUGGAAUCUCGGGUCUACCAUCCAUCGUCAACGUCGUGAUCAUGGUAGCCGUUCUAUCAGUUGGAAAUUCCUCCAUAUACGGCGCAUCCCGCACGAUGUCCGCCCUCGCCGAACAAGGCCAAGCCCCCCGAUUCCUCGCAUACAUCGACCGAAAAGGACGACCGAUCCUCGCUAUCGCCGUAACAUCCAUCUUCGGCCUACUCUGCUUCCUCGCCGCAUCAGACAAACAAACCGUCGUCUUCGAAUGGCUAAUGGCAAUCGUCGGACUAGGCGAGAUUUUCGUCUGGGGCUCCAUCUGUCUCUGCCACGUUCGCUUUCGACGCGCAUGGAAAGUUGGAACUGUUUUAGGUUUAACUCAAUAUAGAAUAAAAAGAUUAUUUGCUUUAAUAUUUAUUAUACAAGGUCGAAGCCUUGAUGAACUUCCGUUUCGCUCACAGCCGGAUCUUAUUGGAUCCUGGAUUGGCUUCGGCUUCAACUGUCUCGUGAUGCUUGCGCAGUUUUGGACUGCUGCCUGGCCUUCUGGGUACGGGGCUAUGACUCCCAGCUCGAGGGCGAGUACUUUUUUCUCGUAUUACCUUGCGGCUCCGGUUGUGAUUUUUCUCUAUGUUUCUUAUAAGUUUUGGUAUGGGACGAGGGUUGUUCGUGCGCAUGAGAUGGAUUUGGUGACUGGCCGUCGCUUUUUGGAUGCGAAUUAUAUGAUUGAGGAAGAGACGGCUGAGCGGAAGCGGUCUUCCUGGGUGAGACUUUUGAAAAUUGUCUGUUAG